GAAUCACAUACUAAAACUCAAUCUAAUAUAAAAUUUAUUUGGAGAACCUGUAGUCAAAAAACAAAAGCGAAUCUCAAGGGAAUGUGGUCUCCGGUGCAGGCAAUGGGUGUGUCGCCCAAACAUAACAAGGGCUGUCCGGUGGCCCGGUGUAAGCACGCCAUGUGUGUGACACUGGACGGACAUAUCUAUCUAUACGGCGGCCGCAGCGCUAACCUCCCGCUCAAAGACUUGUGGCGUUUCGAUGCCGGACAGAACCAAUGGGAAGAAGUGCACUGCAGAGGACAACUGCCCCCUAAUCUUCAGGAGCACACAAUGACUGCUUGGAAUAACAAACUCUAUGUAUUUGGCGGUGAAAUCGGUUUCUCAUCCAAUGGAGAGACACCGCUUUGGAUAUUAGAUUUGUCGACAACCACUUGGAGGAAGACGACGUGUAAUCCCAUGCCUUCAGCCUCACCGGCAACGGCACCGACAGGCAGGAGAGGUCACAGCGCCGUCUUAUAUGGCGAUGCGAUGCACGUCUAUGGAGGCUAUCAAGACCUACGCGGGUCCUCAUCAGAGUUAUGGACAUUUGAUUUCAGCGCAGCGCUCAGCCUAUUCUCAGAACAGAAGUUAAGGCAUUUGUAUUGA